UUCUGAGCUGAUAUCAUCAUUGAGUAAUGAGUUUACCCACGAUAACCAGAGCUGGAGCCAUCCAGAAAAGAACGAUUAAAUCUUCCUACUUUGAAAAGAUCAGGGAGGAGUCACUAAGAAAGUUUGCCGAAGAACAUUUCAGCCAUAGAUGGUUCCCCGCCCUUCACGGUGAUAUCAAACAAGUAAAACCCCUGGCAUUGGUGGUUAAAAAGAAUCGGCCACUAUGGAAGCGACCUUUCGCAAAAUUGGAAGUCAUAGUCCUUGCAGAACUGGCGAAAUACGUUAAAAGCGAAGAGUCUGAGGAGUUUCGCAAAUGCUUGGCAUCUAAGAUCAAAGAGGAAAUUGUUACUUUAAAGCAGCACGAAACCAUUGCAUUGGAAGCCAGUGAACGAAACCUUGGUGUGGGUGUUGGAGGAAUUUUGGAGGGAACCAUCCGAUUAAGCAAUGAUCAAGGCGUUAUAAAACUGGGAAAACUAAGCCAGAAAUACAUUGAUGAUCCAGAUCUCCGAGACCUUUUAGCAAGGAGUGAAAUGGAUCGUAAAAUGAUGAAGAGUUUCGCUGAAGGAUAUAAACUGCUUCUCAUCACAUCUGUGGUUUACAGCGAGAAGUUCGAACUAACUGGGGUGAGAAAACAAGAGACCGCAGCUGAAGUCACGGUAGAUGGGCCUUCUGUGUUGAGUCCGUUUUCCCAAUUUUUUAAGUCAACCCAUCCUUCAGAGCUAGCAUCAAGGACUGCAAAUGCACCACUCCUCUACAAGUGUUGCAAUGUUGAUUACAUUAAAGGAGAAAAUCGACUGGAAAUCAGAAAAGGUGAAUUUGUUGGUGAGGUCGUAACCUGUGACACAACAACCAAGAAUCCCGUUUAGGGAGACGAGACCGAUGCACCAGGGAGAUGCAAGGAGGUUACCCAAUAGUUAGUACUAGAGACACUCAUUGGAUGGCGGUGACAUUUAUGGUGCAUGGCAAGCUGUUAUUCAAGAUAUUGUCAUUAUUUCUCCCUACACAAAUUGCCUCAAGUAGCUUAUAAAUGCAUUGUGUGAGUUAAGUCAGUACUUUAUUAGCAACAGUAAAUUAGCAAUGAUGAUUUUGUAAGUUUUGUCUAGAUUUCAUUGGAAAAGAAUAUGAGUGAUCUAUUUCAGAAAACGUCUAAUAUUUAUUCAUACAAUACACGAUCGCUUACGUCUGGAAAGUCUUAUGUCAAAAGUUCGAGACUAGAAAUACAAAACAAUUCCUUCUCUCGGAUCGGGGUAAAGCUGUGGAAUAAGAUACCAAGCUGUAUAAUGGAUCUCCCAAAGAAAGCUUUCCAAAAAAGUUUUUCACAAAUUGCCAUCAUUUUGAUAUCUUAGAAAAAGAACAUAACUACAUUCAAAUCCCCAUGAUCAUUAAAAAAGUAGGUACAUAGACACACCUUCUAGGUUGAAAUGUCUUGAUUCUUAUCUUUUUCUGUGUGACUGUGUAAAUAACGACUCCUUGUCCUAAGAUAUUAGACGAUUUAUGUUAUUCAGGUACUUGUCUUGCCCCACCAUGAUUAGCUUUCUAGCUUUUUGAGGGGCAAACAAUCCCACUGUUAUUUUUAUAUAAAAA